AUGGGUGACUUUAAUUCAAUGCUUUUUCCCCAUGAUGGGCUGGGGGGUUCUUCCAGGAGGAAUUCUGACAUGGAAGAGUUUCAUAUGUGUCUAGAGGAGGCUGAAUUAUUUGAUAUUGCGUAUCAAGGGUGUCAAUUUACUUGGAUCCAGAAACCUUCGGGGGGAGAGGGUGUUAURAGAAAACUUGAUCGUAUUUUGGGCAAUUCGAAUUUUCUUUCUCGGUUUGGGGAUGCCUCGACUUUUUUUGAACCUAGGGGGAUUUCUAAUCAUUCUCCGGGCGUUCUCUCUUUCCGUGUUGGACGUCGUAUUCGUCAGCGUGGCUUUAAGUUUGACAACUUUUUGACCUCUCAUUCGGACUUCCUUGCUUCGGUAGAGGAGGUCUGGUCGAAGCAUCAGAAUGGUUCUUACAUGAAGAGGGUUUUACGGAAACUGAAAGAUCUUAAGGUGGUUUGUCGGCGGCUCCGAAAUUCGUAUGGUUGUUUGGAUAAGAGGGUUGUUCAGCUCAAGACCGAACUUGAUGUUGCCCAAUUGGCUUGUGAUCUUCACCCGUUUAAUGAUUUGCUAAAGGAGGAUAUCGCCCACCUUUUAUUAGCUUAUCAAGAAGCCAGGAGUAAUCAGAUGGACUUGGCUCGACAAAAAGCGAAGAUAUCUUGGCUAAAUGAAGGGGAUGGUAAUUCUAAAUUCUUCUUUCAUGCUAUGAAAGAAAAACGCAAUCGGAACCAUAUUGCUAUGAUCAGGGACUCGGCUGGUGUCCUUUAUGAGGACCAGGCAGUAUCUACAGCUUUCAUUUCUCACUUUAAAGGGAUUCUUGGUACCUCUUCCAGUUUGGUUGCUUCUUCUAUGGGGGAUUGUGUGUUUCGUCAUGCUUUAUGA